AUGUCCUCGAUUUCGGCAGGCUGCGACCACACCAGCUCGUGCGGCGAAGGAACUUCCGGCUCCGAGGAACAGCCCCUUGCCAAAGAGCUUCAGACAAGUGUCAACAUUAUAGAAAUCAAGGGCGAAUUCAUUGAUGGAGGUGUAACGGGACUUGUCGAACGUCUUGGGUCUGGAGAUGUCAUCAAAUCUCCGUGGACAGGUCGUCCAGAAGCAUUAGACUGCAGAAGAGAGAUGGCGAUCGAGGCACUGGUAUACCAAAGGCUCGGUACACACCCCCGACUGGUGCGGAUGAAACACUGGGAUCCUGUCGACCACACAUUGACGCUAGAAUACAUGGCCCACGGCAAUCUCAAAAAUUACAUUCGGAAACACGGACAGAAGAUAUCACCAGCCCAGAGGACACAAUGGGUCAUGGAGGCCGCUGAAAGUCUUGAGCUUCUACACUCCCAUGGUGUCAUUCAAAGUGAUGUUGGGCCGCGCAACUUCUUGCUGGAUAUUGAUCUUAGUCUAAAGAUCUGCGAUUUCGGCGGGUCUUCCUUGGACGGCUCGGAGGCUACGGUUGCACCUGGGGUGAGAUACAGGCUACCGGGCCUGGCUGAGAGACACAUCCAACAGGCGACGAUCAAAGAGGACCUUUUCGGUUUGGGCUCGACGAUCUACUUUAUUGUCAACGGCUAUGAGCCUUAUGAUGACCUGGAGGAUGAAGAUCAGGUCGAGAGACUUUAUAUGGGUGGAGUGUUUCCGGAACUGGGCGGCGUACCUUUCGCAGAUAUUAUCAAGCUAUGCUGGCAACAGGAAGCUGAAUCGGCCAAGAUGAUCAUCGAACUCAUCAGAGGCCUGUCGGCUGAGGAAUGCAGUAGAGACAAUCCCAAGUAG